AUGUCUGCCAAUCUCGACAAGUCUCUCGACGAUCUCGUCGGCAACCGUCGCCAGAAUGCUCGUCGCCGCGCUGGUCCUCGUCGCGCCGCUAAGAAAGCUUCCGUUGGAGGCGUCAAGAAGUCUACCAAGGCUGCUCCCAAGGCCGCUCACCCUGCGCCUGUCACUCCUAUUGCUUCCAGCAAGAUCCUCGUCAGUGGACUGCCUGCCGACGUCACCGAGGGCAAUGUCAAGGAAUACUUCACCAAGUCCGCAGGCCCUGUUCGCCGCGUUAUGCUUACCUACAACCAGAACGGCACUAGCCGUGGCAUCGCCUCGAUCAUUUUUCUCAAGCCGGACACUGCCGCCAAGGCUGCUAAGGAACUCAACGGACUUCUCGUCGAUGGCCGUCCCAUGAAGAUUGAGGUCGUUUUCGACGCCUCCCAUGCCCCAGCUGCUCCCGUUGCCAAGCCUCUCAACGAGCGCAUUGCUCAGAAGGCACGUCCCAAGUCUGCCGCUGCUCCUAAGGCUAAGAAGGAGAACAAGACCACCACUGCUGAGAAGGGCUCUCGCCGUGGUGGCCGCGCUGCCGGUCGCGGUCGCAACCCCGGCCGCGGAAAGCCUAAGACUGUCGAGGAACUUGACGCUGAGAUGGUUGAUUAUUUCAAUGCUCCUGGUGAAGCUGCUCCUGCCAACGGCACUGCUCCCCAGGCCAACGCCAACCAGGACAUUGGCAUGAACGACGAGAUCUCCUAA